AUGGUUUCCGAGUCGACAUCCAGUUCAGGAGAAGCCAGUGAUCUAGGAGACGCGAAACCACGCGCCGGAGCUACUAAGUCGAAAGCUACCAUACGGGCGUCCCUCGCCUGUGUCCCUUGUCGGUCGAAACACGUCAAGUGCGACUCUGCCUUGCCAGCAUGCCUCAGAUGCCGUCUAGAAGAAAAGACCUGCUAUUACGCUAAAUCUCGGCGAGGAAUCCGAGAUCCCAGGAAGCGCAGUCUUAUCAACGACCCCAUUGGUCUUCCCCCGACUGCUACAGAAUCGCCAGUGUCCUUUCCUUCCCCCGAGGUAGCAAGCCUCGAGAUCCCCAUCAAUGUGGUCGGUACCCUGCCUGGAGGGUGGUCUCUGAUGAGGAGCCCGCGUCUCUCGGAUUCUAUAACGGCUUCGCCGACCUCACUCCUCUUCGACCUCUACUUUACAAACUUCCACGACACACAUCCGUGGCUCCUUCCCAAGAACCAACUAUUGCAUCAGAUCCGGACCAAGCCCGAGCCUUUCCACUUCUUAGCAAGCUGUGUCGCUUAUGUGGGAUCUCUCUUCUCGGAGGCUAUUUCCUCAGAGGAGUUGCGAGAGAAGGCGUUCAGCUUAGCCAGUGGCAGUUUGCCGAUGACUUGCUGGACAGUCCAGGGGCUUCUUGUUCUCAGCGUUGCGGCCCUUGGGGAGAGUCGAAUGGACUUGAGCGGCGGAUGGAUGGACACCGCAACCCAGAUGGCUCUCGAGCUUGGAAUGCAAGAAAAGGCAUUUGCAGAUUCCGAGCCCGAUCCAUUCGUGGCGGAGAGUUUCAGGAGAACCUACUGGGCUCUUUACUGGCACGGCAACAUGCGCGCGAUGCGCGAAGACUCGCCGACGUUUACAUUGUUCGGUGUUCUUGCAACCACAGAACUUCCCUGUGAAGAGUGGGAAUAUCAAUCUGGCGAGAUUACACGGCCGUUAUCAUUGAAAGAGUACGAUGCCAGAGAUCCGAUGAGCCACAAAAGCUACUCGUCGUGGACUUAUCUGAUCGAUCUUUGUCGUCUGUGUGGAGAGUUAAUACUGCCAAUGCCAGCAUUGCCGCCUGGCCUCCUGUCUGCCACGAUCGACAGAGCCGAUUCUGGAAUCGUGAGCUGGCUGAUCACUUUACCCAAGUGGAAGCAGGAGUUGGUGGAUCCGGGGGGGACAGUGGACAUGAUACUUUUCCACGCGAUGGCUUAUGCGCACGACUUGAGGAUCAAAAUGCAGCUACCGUUAGGAGCAUCAGGUUUCAGCACCAGAGAUCUCCUCACACUUGGCCCACUCUUCAAGGCUAGCAACUCCUCGACAGCAAAUACACAGCGGUCAUACACGUCUACCAAUCCGUGGCUUGAAUGUUCGACAGCUCUUCAGGCAGGCCUUUCCACCAUCGGCCUCUUCAACUUCUCGCUUCCACCAGCGCGGUAUAGUCCAGCUUGCAUCAUCGGUCUACAACGGGCGGCACUCCCAUUGCUCGACGCAAGGAUGUACGGAGGAGCUGAGUCACCGGCUUUACGAGAGAAGCUUAAUCUCCUGAUAGGUGUAUUGAAGAUAGCCGGCGAGAUGUGGCCUGUCGCUCGAAACAUUGGUAACGAGGUCAUCGAGGUGUUGAGAGAUGUGAACAGCAGACCUCACCGCAAUACCACCUUCGGGCCUAAUCCGACCAUUGAUGCUUUUAUUACAGACAUGGCAUCAUCCGGAAGCGUUCAAGGCCCAAUGAUGUUCUCCUUCUCUGAUUCUAGGACGUCGGAAGAAAUGUUUCACUGGAAUAGCGGUAUUACGGGAUGA